GAUCACCUAUCAUCAAAGUUUAAAGGAGCGGAAGUAGGAGACAGAAAUACACUAAACCAAGAUUCAAAAGAGCAAUACAAGAAGUGGAAUCUCUAAGAAUGGCUUCCAGCCACUGGAACGAAACCACUACCUCUGUUUAUCAGUACCUUGGCUUUCAAGUUCAAAAAAUUUACCCUUUCCAUGAUAACUGGAACACUGCCUGCUUUGUCAUCCUGCUUUUGUUUAUAUUUACAGUGGUAUCUUUAGUGGUACUGGCUUUUCUUUAUGAAGUGCUUGACUGCUGCUGCUGUGUAAAAAACAAAACUGUGAAAGAUUUGAAAAGUGAACCUAACCCUCUUAGAAGUAUGAUGAACAACAUCAGAAAACGUGAAAUUGAACUGGUCUAGCACUCUACAGAAGACGAACAAAAUCUCUGAAAGCAGCCUUCAACCUCUUCUGAGAAAAAAAGAAAAUUUUCUGAGGCCAACCAUUCUUAUGAAACUGAUUAUGAGUGAAUGGUUAAAAGAUUUGUAAUAGAAGGGAAAACAAGUUAAAUAUGCACUUUUUGUGUGUGUAUCCCUUUCAUUAAAUAUAUAGUAAAACUUCA